AUGUUAUGCGUAAUGGCGGCUGAUAAAAAACAAUCAUUUCGACUUCGAAUAUCAAUACUAUAUUGUGUACAAUGUUAUCUAUAUAAUAAUGAUUUUGGAAAAUCAAUGAUUGUUCAAACACUUUUCCCUCAAACUGAGAAUGUUGCUAAUCAAUAUACGUUUGGUCAUAUAUUAAUGAUUGGAUAUUUAAGUAAAGAUAUUGUUGCAUCAUGGUGUUCUGGUAUUGCACUUUCACACUUAAUUGCUGAUAGUCAACUAUAUAAAGAAGCACUACUUAAAGUGAGAUUAGUAGUUGAUCAAUCGAAAACAGAUGCUAAAACAUUAAUGGAAAUAUCAAUUGAUUUAUUGCAAAAUUCUUCAUCUUCGUUUUGCACUCGUAUUGCUGUACUCAUUUUUCUAUGUACAUGGUUAUCAAACUGUUCAUUAGCAGUACAAACAUUAUUUUCAAUUGAAAAUAGCAUUUCAUAUUUGGUUUCACAAAUAUGUACUCAAUCGAUUGCAGAUGAUCGUGAACUUUUUAUUCAGUCAUUAUGUUCAUUUGCUUUAGGUUUAUGUCUAGUUUUUAAUAAUAAUCAAAUACAAUUAUAUUCAACUGAAUCGCUUGUGAAGUUAAUAGAUGAACGUAUUCGAAUUGAUUCAUUUUUAGAAAAACUUGGAAUACUAUCAAAGUCUGAAUUUUAUGCAAAAGCUUUACAAAAACCACAAUUAAAAUUAUCAAAAUCAAGUGAUAUGAUACUUGAUUAUGAAUUUGCUCAUUUAUAUGAAACUCUUCAAAGUUUAAUAUCACAUAUGUUAACCAGACAUGAUAUAAAUUCAACAGUCAGAACACUUAUUGAUCCAAUGUCAACAAAGCUUUAUGCACAACGAGCAUUAACAAUGAUGACAGAUGAUAAUGAUUUUAUUGGACGAGUUGAACAAAUAAAUAUAAAUAAGCUGAAAGAAAAACAAUGGAUUGAAGAACGCGACAUAGAUAAAAAGAAAAUUUUAGCUUUAGAACAACAAAUACAGGAAAUCAAAGAUAAAAAUGCUUGA